GUCUCUCCUCUUUGUGCCAUACUUCGUAGCGUCCCCACUCCCGUCUUCUAAGCAUAGUCGCCUGUAAUUUGUGAGCCAGAGCGAGAGAGCAGAUGUCAGUGUGUAUGUAUAUUGCACACUGUUUAAUACGUGCUUGUAUUUGAGCAUUUAACGUGUGUAGUGCAUGUGAAAACUACGUGAGCUUACUGUACACUGUAUGCGGCUGCGUAUUACAGCGUUUUAGUAAGAUAGCGUGGUGUGUUAUUAUUUAACUGUUUGUGAGUAUUUUUAUAUCUUGUACUAAAUAAUAAAUUUUAUAAAAUGCCGAAAACUAAUGCCGAAAUGUGUCGUCAAUAUCGACGCAAAAAAAAUGAAAUUAAAAUGAAAAAAAAUUCAGCAAAAAGUUCAACAGAACGUAGUCGCGAGUUUCGUGCACGUAAAAAACAAUUAUUGAACAAUCAAAAUAGAUGUUCAGAUAUAAGUGUCAAUGUGACUGAUGUAAUAAAUGACCACUCUCAGCAACAAAAUAGUGUUCCAACGGGAUAUAAUUUAGUAAAUAAUGAUUAUAACCCUCCAGUAGAUGUACAGCCAGAAAUUCCAUACUCACGGUUUCGUCGAAACAAGUUUGCUCAUAAAGAAUUUAACGACAAGUUUUUAAACAAUAUGUUUGGUCAUAAGUGCUCCGUUUGUGAUCGAUUGUGGUUUAAGUUAGAUUUAAAAUCACCACGUGCUGAAGAUGAACAAUUAUUAAGGGUAAUAGUUGAAAAUUACAAUACAGUUGAAGAUAUUUUACUGUGCAACACGUGUUACCAAGCAAUUGGGAGGAAAGUGAUUCCUAUAAUGUCUACUUAUAACGGUUUUAAAUAUGAAAAAAUACCUGAGGUUUUACCACCGCUUGACUUAAUUUCGGAAAGACUUGUCUCACCACGAGUUCCAUUUAUGCAAAUUCGACGGUUACGACAUGUUCAUGGGCAAUAUGGAAUUUAUGGACAAAUCAUUAAUGUACCAGUCGAGGUAAACAAUAUGGUAAAACUCUUACCCCGUAAUGUCGAUGAUGAUUACUGUAUUAACGUACACAUUAAAAAAUAGUAUAUUACACACCUGUGGCAAGAAAAUGAGAAAUGUCU